AUGCAUGCAUGUGAGGCUCGCUAUAUUGGGCUUGGCCAUAAGGGUUUUGGUGCGUCACUCCAGCAGUCUGGCAAGGGUGUGUUGCUGGUUGUGGAAAAGUUUAGGCUUGGAAUGGAUUCAACAGAAGGCUCAGUUAAGAAGGAAGAUGGUGCAGCUGAAAACGGUCAUGGUGCAAUCAUUCAAGACUCAAUGACUAGAGCUACAAAGGGACUGAAGUUCACAAGCAGAGCACAAAAAUCAGGUGUUCCUCCAGUUAAUAAGCCUCUUGUUUCAGUUUCUUGGCCUGUGCCGUGCAAGAUUAAUCGCGACAAGAACCACGGGAUGGAAAAGGCCGGAGGUGAUCAGAUUGUAGAGUCUUCUGGUCAUCACGUUGGUUUGCUUAAAGCAACAAGUACUACUACCACUAACAAGGAAGAAGCAAGGAGGAGGAGAUCGGUGCUGCUAUCUGUUAAUAAAGAAGCCGUAGAUUCCAAGAAUAAUGACAAAGUAGAAAACAAUGUGGUGUUUACAGAUUAUAACCCACCACAUCAGACACCGCCCAUUCACAACAAAAGAACUUAA